GAAGUGAGGGAGGGAGGAGGCCCGUUCGGCCCGGUCGCUCCGCCAUGUCGCCGCCGUGUCCGUCUCCGUCUCCGUGUCCGCUGCUGCCCGUCGCCCUCGCCCUCGCCGCCAUCACCCUCCUCCGCCUCGCACACCCCGCCGCCGCCGUCUCCUUCCAUCUCCCCGCCAACGCCAGGAAGUGUCUGCGCGAGGAGAUCCACAAGGACGUCCUGGUGACCGAGAGUACGAGCUGGAGUGAACAGCCCCGGCCCCGCACCGACCUCAAGGUGACGGACUCCUCCGGCCACAUUCUCUACUCCAAAGAGCAGGCCAGCAAAGGCAAGUUUGCCUUCACCACCGACGACUAUGACAUGUUUGAGAUCUGCUUCGAGAACCGGCUACCCGCGGGGCACUUCCGGGGCCCGGACCAGCAGAUCGUUCUCAACACCAAACACGGAGUGGAGGCCAAGAACUAUGAAGAUGUCGCGAAGGCGGAGAAGCUGAAACCUCUGGAGGUGGAGCUGCGGCGGCUGGAGGACCUGUCGGAGGCGAUCGUCAACGACUUUGCCUACAUGAAGCAGCGGGAGGAAGAGAUGAGGGACACCAACGAAUCGACAAGUGCCCGUGUCCUGUAUUUCAGCAUCUUCUCCAUGUGCUGUCUGGUCGGCCUGGCCACUUGGCAAGUCUUCUAUCUCCGUCGCUUCUUUAAAGCCAAGAAGCUAAUUGAAUAACGGUGAUCAGAGCUGUGUGUGUGAGUGCGUGCGUGUUCAGCAGUGUAUGUCUGACUUGGGGGGGCAGAGAUGAAUGAUAACGUACCAUUGUUUCUUCGUAUUAAAUGCAGUGCUUUAAGUAUUUGAUCCAGGGGUUGUAUUUUUAAUCUGCAGCACUGCGGUCGAUAAUUGACCUGUGGUCAUGGCUAGAAGCCUCUCUAAAUCUUUUGGGCAAACACGUAAACCUCCCCCAUCGGGGAAAUGUACUUCAGCUUGAGAAGGAGGCACAGAGUGCUGGAGCAGCUCUUUCGGGUCGGGCAGCAUCUCUGGAGAGGGCACCUGAAGAAAGAUCCCGACACGGUGGCGCAGCAGUAGAGAUGCUGCCUCAACAGCGCCAAAGACCCGGGUUCAGUCCUAAUCUCUGGUGUGGAGUGUCCUCAUUCUCCUUGUGACCACAUGGGUUUUCUCCGGGUGCUCCGGUUUCCUCCCACACUCCAAAGACGCCCAUGUCUGUAGAUUAAUUGGCUUUGGUAAGAAUUGUAAAUUGUUCCUAGUGUGUAGGAUAGUGCUGGUGUAUGGGGUGAUCGCUGGUCGGCGCGGACUCGAUGGGCCGAAGGGCCUGUUUCUGCGCUGGAUCUCCAAACUAGACUAAGGACCCGAAACGCCAGUCUGAAGAAGGGCCCUGACCCAAAACGUCAUCUAUCCAUGUU